GGGCGGAAGCAGCAGCAGUAGCGGCUGAGAAGUUGGUCAUUGUCACGUGACUGGGAUAAUCCAGUCUAGGCACGAAAUCGGAACGAGCUUGCGCUGGCUUUAGUCAGUGGCGCGGUGCAGUGGAAAGGGUGUGAGGCAACUCAGGGUUUUGGUGCAGUGGGCAGAUUCUGCCAUAACUGAGGGUUUCAACAGCAGAUGAGCCUAGGCAGAGAGGAGGUGGGUGAUGCUACAAGAAGUGGAAAUAGAUGGUUUUAGUAAUGGCGUUAAUGAGUGCCAUCACAGCCUUGGUGCAGAUGUGGGCAAAAGAGAUGAACUUCACGAGUGAGAUGGAGCAAGCAGGGGCUGCUAGAAGAAAACCAGUGAUUGUGGUGUGUUGGAUUUCCAAAAGAUGUUCGAUAAGAUUUCCAACUGGAAGAAUGGACGAAACCAUAAAGGAUAAAAAAAAGGUAAAUUGUGAAUUCAUCAGUGUGUGGGUGAGAGAUCCCAGAGUCAAGAAAGAAGAUUCAUGGCACUCUUAUGUAGAUUAUGAAAUUUGUGUUCAUACUAAUAGUAUGUGUUUUACAAAGAAGACCUCCUGUGUCCGAAGACGCUACAGAGAAUUUGCUUGGCUUAGGCAACGACUUCAAGACAAUGCUGUAUUGAUAAGUCUACCAGAGUUGCCCCCUAAGAACCCUUUUUUCAGUGCCAGUAAUGUUCAACAUGUUGAGCAACGCUGUCAAGGCCUCCAAGAAUUUUUAGAGAAAGUAUUGCAGAUCAACGUACUCCUUUCAGACAGCAGAUUGCACCUCUUCUUGCAGACGCAAUUAAACACCACAGAGAUUGAGGCCUGUGCAUCGGGUCAGACUGACUACACGGUUGAUGAUGCAGUUCACAGGCAUGCCACUUCUAACCGAAGGUUCCCUGUAGAGGAAGCAUAAGAAUAAAGAUCGGCUUAGACUUAAACUGUGAAAGCACUUCAUCCUCGGGGCUUGGAAAUGGCAGCAAUGACAACAACGCAAAGUCGUAAAAGAUGAACAUUGCGAGAAUCUGUUUUGUGCCUCAUUCUGCUUUGGGCAUGUGUUCGAAAUCUACAGUCCAGACGGCUGAUUAUCCAAAUCUGUACUUCCAAAUGGACCUGGUUCACAAAAGAAAUCUGUGAAAGCCCAGUGUGCUGCACUGUUUUUCUUCAUGAACAGGAAAAUCAUGUUUAUUCGUGACUACAGAGAAAAUGUUCAGUUAACUUUUUGACUGAGAUGUUCUAUUUUCAGUUGCAACUUGUGGGGUGAAGGGUGGAAAAAAAAAUAGCCUGCUUUUUGGUAGGACAUGCACACUUGCAGUAUGCAUUGGAAUAAAUGAUCAAAAUUAUAUUUUAAUAGUAAUUGUUAUUGUGAAAUACAUUAUUUGCUAAACUGUAUUCCUAAUUAGUCUAAAGUGUGGAUUUUCUGACUGAAGUGCAUGUUUAUAGGGUGGAAAGGAGUAAUAUUCAUGUUGAAUACAGCAAUUCCAAUGUUGUGGAUGUCAUAUUUUUCAAGGGCUGCUGUUUCUUGAAGGAAAAAAAUCUGUUGCACGUGGAAAUGUCAUCCAAUCAUUUGUUAAUCACUCCUAAGCCAAUUUAAUGCUAAUUAAUCACAAGCUUAUUUGAUUUAGUAAUGUGCUUACCAUAGAAACUUUGGACUUCGGUCUGUAAACUUAACUGAUCGAAAAUUCACUAACCAAUUUAAAACAGCUUUUGUUUGAAGUCUAAACUCCAUGUUUAUCGUACGCAGUUUUUUACAUUUGUGAACUAUAAUAACGUACUACUGGUUGCUCUGUUUACUACACAACGCUGAGUUACAUCAUGAAGAUUAAACUUGUAUUGUCCUCAACAAUGUAGAGAAUCAUUUGUUUGAUUUAGUUAUUGGAAACAUUGUUUUAUUUGUAAAGAGGAAAAUUUUGGUUGUAUUAAUUGUCAGUUUGACUGUUAAAAUUUACUCUUGCUCACUGCAGCAAUCACUUUCAGUCCUCAAAUUACUUUAGUACCCCAUUAGCAGAUCGUAAUUUCAUCCCCUUCAAAACAGGAAGUUAGCAAGAACAGUUCCUGAUUUUAGCUGAGAUGGGGUACUGCAAUUAGCCGAAGCGCCCCUGGGGUUGCUUAGGUCCUUGCUUCUGACUGUCAGAUAGCAAUUGUUGCUAGAGUGCAGUGGGUAAGAACAGAAUCAGGCUCUGUUCAUCAACCAGUCAACCAAUGACUAGUUCUAAGCUGUCUCAUAAAAAUGGCCACUAGGUUUGAGGUUGACUAAUGUUUGUGGAAUUUUGACCUUUCAGAGAGCUAACAUCUUCAUAGGAGUGAGAAUAUUUAUUUCAGUGAGUGUUAAAAAUCACUUUUUAUACAAGAAUAAAUCCACCAAUAUUCAGAAUUUACUAUUUUGAUGAUCGUGAAGUAAUGUGCAACCUUAACAUUCUAACCAAUAAUAUAACUGGAUUUUAAUAAAUAUUUUUCAUGCCUUUCAUUCUCUUCAACAAUGCAAAAUAAGCAUUUGGGAGCAUUAAGCUUUGGUCUAAUUAUUCUGAAAAAAAUUAUUAUUUGUGGCCUUGUUGCUAUAAAUCUAUAUUGGCCUUUCUGAAUUUUUUUAUAGCUUCAAUUUGUUAUUCGUUUACCUUUGGCUAUGAUGGUGUUGUCUGAGAGAGUUUGGAAAUAAACUUGGGAAUCUGGAUUUAAUUUCCUUUUUUUUAAAAAAAAAUGUAUACUGUGGGAAAAAAGUUGAAAUUUCUGUAGAUGGUUCCAUGGCAUGCUCUCCUUCAAUUGAUUUGUCCACUAUAGACUCUUCAAGCAUAAAUGUUUACAGAUGUGUGUACUACUGUACCUUUAUUACUUUAUUAAAUUUGGCAAAAAUGUG